UUAAACAUUUACUGCAAAUCAAAUAGCAUUUUGGAUUAAAAGUAAUCACCAAUAUGAACAGUUCCAAUCCUGAUUUAACAACAUUUCUUGGAAUUUAUCUUUCAAGCGUAGGAAUAAUCAGCAGUAUUUCCAAUAUAAUAUUAUUAUGCAUGUUUUAUCGAUUUCGAUCAAAAACAUCGGACACAGCAAUUUUAUUAGCAAAUCUUGCAUUGGCUGAUUUGGGCAUUGUUACAUUUGGUAAUCCCUUUUCAUCGUCAUCCAAUUUUGCCGGAAGAUGGUUGUACGGAACAAAAGGAUGUCAAUGGUAUGCCUUUUUUGGAUUCUUCUUUGGAUCAGCUCACAUUGGAACCUUAACAUUUCUUGCUCUUGACCGUUAUCACAAAAUUUGCAGGAUAAGUUUAAAUAACCCACGCAUUGACUCAUCGCCUUAUAAUUUAACUGCUGUUUUAUUGUCCAUCUGGUUUUAUGCGUUGUUUUGGGCUUUAAUGCCGAUGCUUGGUUGGGCUCAGUACGCCUUGGAACCAUUACUAACCAGCUGUACAAUCGACUGGCGACACAAUGAUUUAUCAUAUAAAUCUUUUAUCAUAAUAUAUGCCAUUUUUGGUUACUUUUUGCCUUUCACGAUAAUCUUUUUCUCAUACCGAUCGGUCCGCCGAAGGAUAAAAUCUAAAGAUCCCCAAAUUUGUUGGACCAAUUCUCUAGGUGAUUAUUGGACAAACCAGAAAAAUAUAACAUUUAUGACUACAGUAAUUAACAUCGCAUUCCUGUUAGCCUGGACUCCAUAUGCAUUAUUAUGUCUUUAUGUUGUGUUUGGCGAUCCAUCUGAUGUCCCCACUUGGUUCAGCUUACUUCCACCAUUAAUGGCUAAAACAUCGACCAUUUUUAAUCCAAUGAUCUAUUUCCUAACGAAUCCAAGAAUCCGUGAAGCCAUUUGGAUAACACUGAAAUGUGCGGAUAUAAAUGAAUUUGAUGAUAAAAUUGAGGCAAAUAAUGAAAAUGAAAUCUCAUCCAAAUCAAGGGGCCAAAAUCUUAUCCCAUUAAACUCAUGAUUUCAAACCAAUCAACAAGGAAAAGUGAACAAAAUUAUACAAUUUCAUUGCCACUGACUAUUCAGUAUCAUCAUCAGCAACUUCACCAUGACCAUCCUCAUAAGCAAACUUUGAUUAAAAAUUUUCCUUCUUUUUCUAUUAAACAUUAUGAUAUUAUGACAGUAAUCAACUGUAUCACAUGGUUUAAUAAUACAUGAUUGAGAUAUUAACAAACUAUGUUUUUCACAAUAAUUUUGUAACCAAACAAUGAGUUUGUUCACAAUCAGUUCUCAGAAAUCAAAAUUUCUCAGCUGAUUUCAAGUAUCUAUUGAGUAUUGAUCAAAUUGAUUUCCAUCUAAAUGAACAAAAAAUAAAUGAUAAUGGAAAUAAUGAAACCCAAUGAGUAAAUAAUUACUCAAUGCUGAGUUGUAUUACUCUUUGAUGAAAACGAUAUUGAGAUAGCUUCUCAAUCAUUGUAAAUGCCUUUUAACCUAAACAAGAAUUUAAAACUGUCACAAAUGUUCAUUAAUCGUAUAAUUUGUAAAAUUAAAUUGUCGCUGAGAAAGAGUUGGUUGAGGUUUACUCAACGUUUACAUGUAUUAGAGCUUGAGUAAUUCAACCCAGAUAAGGAUGUCAAGUGAUUGCUUGAGACAUCACACCAUUGGCAAUUUAAAUACAA